AACUUGCAAACAAAUUAAUUGAUUUGAUUAAAUAAUAAUAAAAUUAAUAAAAAUAUUUAAUAAAACCUAAAAUAUUAUUAUUAAAACAGAAAUCAAGUGUUCUAAUAAAAAUAAAACGAAAAAGUGUGCUAACGAACCCUAAAGAAAUCCAGGAUAUUUAUUUAUUACGCCAUUAAAGGUCUUAAGGCCAAAAAAAGGAUUAAUUCUUAUUUGAAAAUUUUGAACAGAAAUAAAAACGAAUUUUUAAAAGUUAAAAAAUAAAUAAAACGAAAUUGUGUUAAGGAAUAUUUCUUUUAUAGAAAUUCUUAAAAUAAACAAAACCAAAAUACUUUGAGUGUGUUUUAAAAACUUACAAAAUUUGGAACAAUUGCCAGCAGCCUUUAAGAAAAGGAAAAAUAAUUGGAUUUUUUAAGAAUUUGUCAAGUGUAAAAGGUUUCAACAACAAGAUGACAAGAAAGCGUUCGAGUCCCAUGGGACUCGAAAUAUAUUUGCCAGUUUUACUGGCAUUUAUAAUGUUGCCAUUAUUAGCUCAAGCUGCUCCUUUACAAGAUUACACAGAAAUUCAACAAUAUACUGAAGGCUGCUACUACAACUACAAUCAUUACAAUGAAGGCGAUAGAAUCAUGACAAAUGAGCCCUGUUUGAAUUGUACGUGCCACAAUAAGAUGCUCAUGUGCUAUUUGCGUGUAUGCCCGUUCACCAAGCCCAUUGGACAUGACUGCAUAGUGGAGAAACGUGAGGAUCAAUGUUGUCCAAUCAUUACAUGUCCCGAAGUUCCUGUCGAUGUUGCUCAUAUUGCUCCCGUACCUGGCACAGAAUUGAGUUUCCCUGAGAAGUUUGGCUGCAGUAUUGAUGGUAAAUUCUAUUUGGAAGGUGCUCAAGUUCCAUCAAAUCCCAACAAACCUUGUGAACUUUGUUAUUGUAUUAAGAAUCGUACGUCCUGUUUAAUGCAAGAAUGUACAUUACACAUUGAUGGCUGCACUCCAAUUUACAAUAAGGGUUCUUGCUGUCCAGUACGCUAUAAUUGCGACCACGAAAACGACGUACUCGAAUUGGAAGACCAUUCUACCACAACUGAAGCUACUACAACCACAACCACUGAACGUCCUACUACAGGUUUCAUUCUUACCAGCACCAUGUCUCCCUCUGUUUCAACCGAUUGUGUUCAUAAUGGCGAAUUAUAUGCUGAUGGUGCUCGCAUUGCUGGCGAAACUGCUUGUGAAAACUGUUAUUGUAUGCGUGGUGAUAUCAUUUGUGCCGUUCAAGAAUGUCAUAUGCCUAUGCUUAAUGGUAAUGGUAAAACAUGCCACGCUUUGCCUGCAGCUGAAGGUGAAUGUUGCCCCAGUAAUUAUGUUUGCGAAGACGACACUGCCACUACACAAAUUAUUGAAGCCACUACCUUGCCUUAUGGUAGCCUCGAUGAAAAUGAAAAGAUUACUACUGCCGCUCCAGUCAAGGAUCUUCAUAGUGCCAUACCCGAAGAAGAUUUGCAAUUGCAAACUCAUAUCGAUGAAGAGGAGACUGCAACUAAGGCCCCCUCAACUGAAGGUGAAUCAGAAGAAAAGGAAGAAGCCACAGAAGCUGGCAUUAUCGGUAAACCAACUGAUGAACCAAUUACCGCUACUGAAGAUCAAGGAAAACAAGAUGAUGCUGAACAAGAUUCCGUUACUAAGGUUUCUGAAGAAGCCGAAGCAACAACUGUAUCUUCGACAGAUAUCAAACCUAUUGAAGGUGAAGAGUUUGUUACUUCUGCUCCAAGUAGUGCUGAUGAAUUACCUGAUCAUCAAAUUACCACUAUUGAGGAUCAAGAAAAACAAGAAGUCGCUGAACAAGAAUCAGUUACUAAGGUUUCCGAUGAAACUGAAGCAACAACUGUAUCUUCGACAUAUGUCAAACCAACUGAAGGUGAAGAGUUUGUUACCACUGCUCCAACAAGUGCUGAUGAACUACAAGAAUCUUCAACUGUAUUAUCUCUUGGUGGUGAUAAUGAAAGUAAAACUGAAUCAUCUGAAGAAAUCGUUACUAAAUCACCCGCUCAAGAAGAAGAACAUGCUGAUGAAGAAGCAGUUACUAAAGUUCCUAUUGCUGCUGAUGAAAUCUCUACUGACUCUACUGCUAGUGGUGAAGAAUAUGAUACCGACACAUCUGAAGAAGGCAAACCUGAACACGAAGAAUCCGUUACCAAGAUUCCUGCGGUUGAUGCUGUAGAAGGUCAAUCAGCUUCAGAAGUCACUCCAAGUGAAGAUGUAUCAGAAGUAUCCACUGAAUCCUCCGAUGAAGUUAAACCUGUUGCCGGAGAAGAACUUGUCACAAUGGUACCUACUCUUGGUGAUGAAGGUAUCUCAACCGAAUCCGUUACGGAAGCUGGUGAGAAAAUUGCUCCUAUGGAUAUGGAACAUACAACUGAGACUAUCGAAGAAGCAGCUACCAAAAUUCCAUUUGCUGUUGGACAACAACAUGAUGAGUUUGCUACAGAAGCUCCUGUUCAAUCAUCUGAAGAGCAAUCGACUGGAAUUUCUGGUGAAGAAGCCGAUGAAUUAUCUACCAAAGCUCCCACAGCUGAAGAAGAAGUAUCAAUUGCUGGUAAACCUGAAGAACAAGAAUCUCAUACCACAGGAGAAGAGGAUGUCGCCACAACAGCAGCUCCUGGCAAUGAUAUUAUCGAAGAUGAGCAAUUAUCUACUGAAAAACCCAAAGAUGAUGUUAAACCAGAAGAAGAAGAAAAAGAACAACAAGAAGCAGUUACAAUGUUACCUACAACAGGACAAGAACCGGCCGAAGAAACCAAACCACAUGGCGAAGAAGAAUCUUCUUCCGAAACCUCGGUUGAAUCUGAAGAAGCUGAUAUGGUUACUAAACUUCCUGUUUCUUCUGAUGAAGAGCAACUAUCUGCAACGACAGCUCCUGAAGUUGAAGAAGAAAAAGAAGAUAAGGAACCAACUCAAGCUCCUGUUGAUAUUGCCUCUGUAUCUACUGAAGAAGGUAUUGAAAGCUCUACCGAAGUGUCUGAAGAAGCAUCUGGUGAAGGAAAACCAGUUGACGCUUAUAAUGAACAAAUUGAUAUUACCACAGGAGCUCCUACUAAAUCUGAAGAAGACCACACUACCAUUCCUUCAGCAGAAGACAAACCUGUACUUGCUGACGAAUUGGGCAGUGGUGAUCAUGCUGACGAAGUACUAUCCGAAACUUUUGUUCCUACUACUGAGUCUGUAACUUCUAUUCCUCUAUCACAAGAAGAAUAUGCCACGGCUAAACCAUUCACACCAACAGAAGGCGAAGGAGACUCUACAGAAGUAUCUGGAGAAUCAGGAGAAUCUGAAGAAGAUACAAAACUUAUGGAUCUUACUACAGUUAAACCUUCUACUUUCGAUGUUACAACAUCUGCUGAGGAAAUCAAGGUUGAUCAAGAUAAAUUGGAUAUUACCACAGAAAAGCCCGCUAUUUCCGAAUAUACAACAUCUGCUGCUGAAGUUUCCCAAGACAUCUCUGAAGAAGAAGAAGAAACAGCUACCAUAACGCCUUCAGAAGAAGAGAUUUCAUUCAGUACCAGUACUCCAAUUAAGAUUGCUGAUGAAGAUAAAACCGAAGAAGAAUCUUCUGCCGAAGACAAAAUUGAUAUUACCACAAUGGCUACAUCGCUUGAAGAGAAACUUCCAACAGAAGAAACUAUUAAAGUUGAUUCCGAGGCUUCCAUUUCGAGUACACCUAGUGCUGUUGAUGAAUCUGAAGAAACAAGUGGUGAAGAACACAAAAAUAAACCCGAAAGUACUGAAGAAUCUCUUGAAUCAGAAGAUAUUACCACUCACAAAACUAUUGAAGAAGCCGAUCAAGAAACCACAUCAACACCAACUGUUCAUAUUAUUACAGAAGCAGAGGAAGAUCAACACAAAGUUAUGCCAGAAACAAGUGAUCACAAAGUUGAAGAAACAACUGGAAUUACAGAUAGUCCAAUGGUCAUUAUUGAAGACAUGUCAGCCUUUACGACACCAGAACCAAAUGUUCAAGAAGAUAUUAGAAAAGAAACCGAAACUGAGGAAGUUGAACAAACUGCUACCCAAAAACCAUCAAUUGGUGAAGAAUCUUCAACAUCCGCCACAAUUAAACCAAGUGUCGAACCAUCAAAUGUUGAAGAAAUGCCAGAUAUGCAAUUGCCUUCAGUUAUUCCAGGUGAAGGAGAUUGUUUGGUUGGACAGAAAACUUAUGAAAACAAUACCAUUGUUCCUACUUCUGACCAAUGUGAAAUUGUAUGCAAAUGUGUUAGCAGCAUUGUUACUUGUGAACGCGUUAAAUGUGAUAUUCCUGAAAAUGUUGAACAAUGCAAAUUGGAUGAAACUAGUACCAACAAGUGCUGCCCUUCAUAUAUUUGCGAUGUUGACGGUUUACCUACUAAGAGUGAAGAUAGCAUUGAAUCAGUUGAAGAAGAUGAGGAUGAAGAAACUCAAUACACAACAACUGAGGCUCCUCACAAACUUUCUGUAAAACCAACUGUUGAAGAUGAAGCCGAUAUUGAAAAAUCUGACACUACUAGCGUUAAACCUUCUUUAGCAUCUGAAGGUGUUAGUAUUCCUGAAAUUGAAAUGCCAGUUGCUAGUACUGAGGAACCAAUGUCACAUGUUAAGGACGAAGAAGAAUUUGAGCAACAUACUAUUAAAACUCCUAUUGAAACUAUCGCUGAGGACAAAAAGGAUAUUAUUGCUGAAGAUGAGACACCUACUACACCAGCCGCUGUUGUCGAGGACAUUGUUGUACCUCAAUCAAUGGUACCGGUUGAAACAUCUGAACAAGAACCACAAGAAAUUGUUACUGAAAAGGCUCAAGUUGAAGCAGCAGAAAAGGAAACUGUUGCGGAACACCCUGUUGAUCAACAGCAAUCAGAAGAAGAAUUGGACGAACAUACUACAUUCGCACAUGGUCUCGUCGAUUCCACAACAGAUUCUAUGGUACAUGUCCCUAGUGAUGAAACAGAAGAAAGUGAAACUCAAACUACACCAGCAGUACCUUCAUCUGAUGAAUAUCAUACUGUUAAACCAAUUGAAGAAGAAAAAGAAGAAGAACCUGAAAGUCAAACAUUGCCUACCUCAUCAACAGAAGAAGAAGCUGACGUUACCGAAGAAAUUCCUGAAGAACAUGAAGCUCAUACUUCUGCUCCUUCUGUGCCAUUAUCCGAAGAAGAAAAGGAAAUAGAAACACAAACUUAUCUUCCAUCCCUUUCAUCCGAAGAUGACAAAGAGAAAGAAACACAAACUGUUCUUCCAUCUAAAUCAUCUGAAGAAGAUAAAGAGUUAUCCGAAGAGACAGAAGAAACACAAACUGUUCUUCCUAUUGGAUCUCAUGAAGAAAAGGAACCUUCCAAAGAAUCAGAAACUCAAACUGCUUUCCCUAUUGCUAGCGAUGAAGUUUACACAUUGGCACCAUCUGUUGAAGAAACAUCAUCUGAAAAACAAGAAGAAGUUGCGGGUACUGAAAGUACAACUCCAGCUAGGGAUACUGAAUUCACAACUGCUGAAAAGGAGCACUCUGCUGAAGAUUCAAGCGAAAAUAUAUCAGAAUUUACAACUGCUGCACCAUUUAGGGAUCACGAUGCAGAAACUGAUGAAGAAGAUAUCACUCUUACAACAGCUGUUCCUUCAAUGGAUGGCUCUGAAUAUUCAACAUCUACUACUAAAAAACCAUUUGAGGAAAUCGAAGAUCACACAAUAUCUUCAGAAGUUAAGGAUCAUACUGAUGCUGCAUUGUUGGAUAAUGUUGAAAGCGCAUUCGGUUCAACAAGCACUUCGGUUCCAGAAGGACAAAAAGAAGAUCAUACCGAAGAAGAUAUGUCAUCUACCGCUGUGCCAACCGUAUUUGAAAAAGAUGAAGUUCAUACAAUUGCUCCAUCCACAGAAGGCGAUAAUGCAACUGUUAAACCUACCGGAGAAGAAGAAUCAGUCGAAGAAGAAUUCGAUCGCACUACUGUUGCUUCCGAAACUAGUGAUGAAGCAUCCGUGGAAUCAGUUACUUCAAUGGGAGAUGAAUCUUUGGAAUAUACUGUUGCUCCUAUUGUUCAUGAUGAGCUUAAGGAAACAUCUGAAGAUUCCGGUGUUCAAGAUUCCACACCUUUCACUCCUAUUAGCGAAUCUCAAGAAGAUGAACAACCUGAUACCCAAACCUCCAUUACUGCCUCAGAAGAACAUACUCUUGCUCCAUCUUCUGAAGAAUCAAUUAUAGAAGAUAAAGAAAAAGAAAUUCAAACUACAGUUGUUCCAACCUCUUACGACGAAACUUCAGUUCAAACUACACCUACACCUUCAAAUACUGAUAUUGCUUCAGAAAAACCUAUUGACUUUGAAACCAAAAUUGAUACAUCUUCGUCAGUUCCUUCAAUGGAUGAAGUACAUACAGAUAUUCCAUCUCAUGAUGUUGUUGAAGAUAUAUCCGUCACUACAGCCGCUUUCCCUGUUGAUAAGAUUGAUGAACACAAAGAAUUGGCAGAGGACCACACAAUUACCUCAUCUACAGAUGUUUCUAUAGAAGAACAAACUGAGUCCACUGAAGAAGAAAUCACAAGUGCACCAGUUGAAAAGGUCACCGAAUCCACUAAAGAAAAGACUACCAUACCCUCAAUUGAAGAUACUCAAGGUGAAUUGGAACCAUCUAUGGCUCAUACUGUGGCUCCUUCAGUUGAAGAAGAAUCAGUUACCAAAUCUCCUAGCGCUUCAGAUGAAUAUACACCAGAAGAUAUUGAACACAUGACACACGGACCUUUCACAUCAGAUGAAACCACUUCUGAAGUAAUUUCUUCUGAAGAAGAUAUGAAGGAAGAUGAACCUUUGGUUUCUGAAGCCGACAAAGAGAAACCAACAAGUGCUCUCGAUGAAUCAACCACAGUUGCACCAGGUGCGGAAAUUGAAGUUCAAAGCACUCAAUCUCCAGUUAAACAACCUUCUUUGGAUCUAUCUGAAGAAGCAUCUGGAGAAUCUAUUGAAUCUGAAGAAGAAAUUGGCACUGAGCCAACCAAGAUCCAACAUAUUGGCGAAUUUGUUACUGAACGUGUGGAAGAAGCUACCUCUAUACCAACACUCCAAUCUAGCAGUGAGGAAGAAGAUAAAGAAGCUUCUGGAGAGGAAGGUGAAGAAAUGGAAAUAGGCACUGAAACACAUGAACCAGAUGUUGAACAUGAAGUUGAAUUGUUUGUUACCACAGAGCAUGCCGAGCAACCUGCUGUUGAAGUAUCCACCGAUAAAUUAUCAGAGGAAGAAAUUAGUCCAGUUACAAAAGCUCCCAUUGCAGAUGAAGAAUCUGCAACUAAAAAACCUAUUUCAUCAGAAGAUUCCGUUCAGCAAACAGAAGAAGAUGUUAUUCCAAGUGUCACCAAAGCUCCUAUGGCAGAAUCUGAAGAUGUCACCACUCAACAUCCUGAUAAAUAUGAUAAUGAAAAUAUUACAGUUAAACAGGAAGAAGAACAAGAUAUUCUAUCCGUUACUAAAGCUCCUGUAUCUGAUGAACAUAUUGAACAUGUUACUGAUCAACAAUCAGAAAGCGAAGAAGAAACUGAAUUGGGUGAACAUGUUACAACUGAAGUAUCCAAGGAAGAAGUAUUAACUGUUACUCAAGCUACAGAGUUAGAAGGAUUUGAAGGUGUUUCAUCUGAACAACCUGGAGCUCAAGAUAUGGAAUAUGUUACUAAAGCUCCAAUUGCUGAGGAAGAGACUGAAAGUGAAGAAGACAUUUCAACUGUUACCAAAACUCCUAGUGAUAUUGAAGUUGUUACUGAUAAACAGGUUGAAGAACAAGAUAUACUCGAUGUCACUAAAGCUCCUGUUUCUGAACAGGAAAGUGUCACCAAAUCACCAAUGGAAUCUGAAGAACUUGAACAUGUUACUACUCAAGAAUCUGAAGAACAACAUGUCGAACCUUCUGUCACUAAAGCUCCUUUGGCUGCCGAUGAAAUUGAACAUGUUACCGCUCAACAAGCUGUCGAUACUGAAGAUAUUGAUUCUAUUUCUGUCAAACAACCAGAACUUGAAGAAGAUACUUCUGCAUUUACUCAAGCUUCUGUUAUUUCAGAAGAAGAAUCAGAGAGUACAGAAGAUAUUGAAAGGCCAACUACAAUAUUACCCACGCAAGCUGAAGAAAUUUCUGAAGUUACUGUUUCUCACGUUCCCACAGAAGAUAUUGAACAAACAACUGCUUCACACAUUCAAGAAGAACUUUCUGGCCAGGACAUUGAAACUUCUACGGAUAAACAACCUGCAGAUACUGAUAUGGCUACAACUAAACCAUCGGAAGAAAGCUCAGAAACUUCAGAUAUCACUAAAGUGCCUGAAAUAUUGGAAGAUACUGAAGCUACUACAUCUAAAUUCCCAGUUCAUGCCGAUGAAAUCUACGAUGUUUCAGUUUCUGAAAAACCAACCUCUGAAGAUGAGGAAGAAAGUGAAGACGAUGCUGAUAAGACUGAAAAAUAUACUACUCAAGUAUCUACAGUGGCUGAGCAAGAAGUACAUGCAGAUACAACUACCAAAUUACCCGAACUGGCUGAACAUAUUACUGAACUACCAACUAGAGAUACUGAAUCAGAUCUGGAAUCUCAUGAUCAAGUUACUGAAAUGCCUGUUGUUGCGGAGGUUUCAACCGAUAAAAUGCCUGAACUUACUGAACAAGAGUCUGAAUUGCCAACUAGUGAUACUGAAUCCGCAGAUGGCGAAUCUCAUGAAGAAUCAACUGAAGUUCCUAUGGGCGCCGAAGUAUCAACAGACAAAAUUGCUGAAUUACCAGCAAAGGAUACUAAAUCAGAUGAAGAAUCUCAUGAAGUGUCUACCGAAUUACCAGUUUUCGCUGAAAAAUUACCAGAACUUUUUGAACAUGUCACCGAGGUACCAACUAAGCACGACGUAUCAGAAGAAGAGGAAUCCCAAGCUACUGAAUUACCUUUGGGUGCCCAUGUAUCACUUGAUAAACUACCCGAACAUGUUACUGAGUUACCAACAAAAGGUGUUGAAUCUGAUGAAGCAACCACUGUCUUACCUGUGGUCGCUGAAGAAUCUACUGACAAAUUGCCUGAACAUGAUGUUGAAUUACCAACUAAAGAUACGGAACCAGAAGAAGACGAUAAAUUACAUGAACAAGGCACUGAAUUGCCUAUUGAUGCUCAAGUUUCAACCGACAAUUUACACGAGCACAUCACAGAAUUGCCAACCAAAGAUAUCGAAACUGACGAAGAAUCCCAUGAACAUGCUACUGAUUUACCUGUCAGCAGUGAAGUGGUCACUGAUAAAUUAUCCGAUCAUGUUACAGAAUUGCCUGUGGUCACUGAAGUAUCUACUGAUAAAUUGUCUGAACAUGAUGCUGAGACACCAACUGAAGUCACAGAGUCGGAAGAAAAGGAUAAACCACAUGAGCAUGCCACCGAAUUACCUAUCGAUGCGCAUGUUUCAACCGACACAUUACCCGAACAUAUCACAGAAUUACCAACUAAAGAUAUCGAAUCUGAUGAAGAGUUCCAUGAACAAGCUACUGAAUUGCCUGUCAGCGGCGAAAUGGUCACUGAUAAAUUAUCUGAACAUGUCACAGAAUUACCAACUAAAGAUAUCGAAUCGGAAGAGGAAUCUAGUGAACAUGCUACUGAAUUGCCAGCCUCCUCUGAAGAUAAAUUACCAGAAUUGCCAACAAAAGACACUGAAUCGGAAGAAGAAUCGCUCGAACAAGCCACUUUAUUACCUGUCGAUGUUCAUGUUACAACUGACAAAUUCCCCGAAUUUGUCACCGAAUUACCAACCAAAGAUGUUGAAUCAGAAGAAAAAGUUCAUGAAGAAGCAACUGUGGUGCCUGUGUCCGAUGAAGUAUCCACCGAUAAACUACCUGAACAUAUCACUGAAAUACCAACUAAAGAUGUUGAGUCUGAAGAAGAAUCCCAUGAAGAAGCAACUGAAUUGCCUGUUGUUUCUCCAGUAUCAACUGACAAAUUACCUGAGAUUGCAGAACAUGUCACUGAAUUGCCAACUAAAGAUGUUGAAUCAGGUGUUGAAGGUCAUGGAGAUACCACUGAAUUUCCUUUGGUCGCACAUGAUGUUCCUACACUUGGACAAGCUGUUGAACAAUCUACAGAAAGUGCAUCUAAGGAAGAAGAAUCUGCUGAAGAAACAUCAACUGAAGCAGCUGAAGAUAUUAGCUCAGUUAAAUUGCAACCAGCAACAACAGUACAUCCCCUAUUCCAACAUCAUACAACAUUGCCUUCAGUUGCUAUCGAUAGCCGAAUUGAUGACACUAGUUCUCACACUACCCCAGUUCCCGCCAAGGAAGAAGAAACAUACACCACCCCCACAGCAACAACAACAGUCAGCAGUUCGACAUCAGAACCAGUCACUACAUCUGCUCCACACUAUCAACCACAACCACCAAUUUAUGGUAAACCUCCACAAUAUGGUCCCACACAAUACGAAGACGAAUACACUGAUGAAGAUGAGGGCGAAGUCUUUGGUCCUGGCACUUGUCGUUAUGGUGGCAAACUUUAUGUAUCUGCCCAACAAAUACCACGUGAUGAUCCUUGCGACUUCUGUUUCUGCUUCCGCAGCGAUAUCAUCUGUUUGCAACAAUCUUGUCCACCACCAAUUGCCGGUUGUCACGAAGAGCCCAUUUCCGGUUUCUGUUGUCCCCGCUACGAAUGUCCGGUUUCCAUGGCAACCGUACUCAAUAUUACAACAAGUACCACAACGACAAGUACCACUUUACCACCACAUUUCCUACAUCACUCUUAUGGAAAUAAUGUACAACGUAAUGGUUGUCUCAUCAAUGGCAGAUCAUAUAGAGUGGGUGAGAAGAUUGAAUCAACAAGUGGUCCAUGCAUUAAUUGCACAUGCGGCGGUGAUGGUAAAAUGAAAUGUGAUCCCCAGGCUUGUGUUCCUGAACCUACCAUGCAACAAGUAAUGGCUGUUGUAGCGGCUGGUCGCAAAAGAUGAACCCCUAGCCAUGCUAAUUUAAACUAAUUAUUAAAUUUUUUAUAUAAAUUAAGAUUAAUACAGUUACAAAACAAAAAAAUUCUUUACCACAACAAUCCUUCCCCUUAUCCGUUUUCCAACACAACUACACCAAAUCAACUGCGAAAAUAAUACUAUUUUCUCCACUCACUAAAUAUAAUAACGACCAACGACUUGAACAAGUUUUAACGGAAAACAAUCACAAUUUUUGAAUGAAAUUUUAAUUAACAAUUAACUGUUAGCAAAUAGGUGCCAAUAUAUAAAGCGGACAUACGAUUUUUAGACUCCCUCUUUUAUUCAAACCAUUGAGAUGCAAAUUUAAUAAUUACGAAUGAAUUAGCUUAUUUGAAGCAACCAGUGAUAUUGUACUGUAUACAUAGUAUAGGUGCAAUUAAUUAAGUGAACACGAAAAAAAAAACAAAACAAAAACGCACACAAAAAAAUUUAUAUA